UCCGUCUUUUAAAUCUUUAAAGUCACGCCCUUUCACAGCUCUUACCAAUAUUGCCGGUCUGUUUCCGCAUUCGUCAUCAGACGUGACUGGCUAUUCACACUAUUUGGUUGACGCCAUCAGAUUGCGUCGGGACACCCUACGUUUAUCGGCAUCCUUGCAUCCCGACAUGAUUACCAUAGUAGUUGUU